AGCCAGCUGUGCUUGCCCAGCUCACUCCUGAGCCAGACUUCCCCUCCAGAGCAGCGCGAUGCUCAAGUCUGUCACAGAAAGCUUCUCCAGCUUGAUUCACGGCCUGAGAGUGGACCACCUGACAGAUGGCGUCAUUCAAAGGAGCAAGAGGAUGAUCCUGGAUUCCCUGGGCGUUGGUUUCCUGGGAACAGGCACAGAAGUGUUUCACAAAGUCACCCAGUAUAGUAAAAUCUACAGUUCCAAUACCUCCAGCACUGUUUGGGGUCGACCAGACUUCAGGCUCCCACCCACAUAUGCUGCUUUUGUUAACGGCGUCGCUGUCCACUCCAUGGAUUUUGACGACACAUGGCACCCUGCGACCCACCCUUCUGGGGCUGUCCUGCCAGUCCUCACAGCUUUAUCGGAAGCCCUGCCUCAGACUCCGAAGUCCUCUGGCCUUGACCUGCUGCUGGCAUUCAAUGUUGGCAUUGAAGUACAAGGGCGACUAAUGCACUUCUCCAAGGAAGCCAAGGACAUACCGAAGAGGUUCCAUCCUCCCUCUGUGGUGGGGACUUUGGGAAGUGCUGCUGCUGCAUCCAAGUUUUUAGGGCUCAGCUUGACAAAGUGCCGAGAGGCCCUGGCUAUUGCCGUUUCUCAUGCUGGGGCACCCAUGGCAAAUGCUGCCACUCAGACCAAGCCCCUUCACAUCGGCAAUGCAGCCAAGCACGGCAUGGAAGCCACCUUCCUGGCCAUGCUGGGUCUCCAAGGAAACAAGCGGAUCUUGGACCUGGGGUCGGGGUUUGGGGCCUUCUAUGCCAACUACUCCCCCAACGAUCUUCCGAGCCUGGAUUCUCACAUCUGGCUGCUGGAUCAGCAGGACGUGGCGUUCAAGAGCUUCCCAGCGCAUCUGGCUACCCACUGGGUGGCCGAUGCAGCAGCAGCCGUGAGAAAACACCUUGUGGAUUCAGAAAGAGCAGGGCUCCCUACCGACCACAUCGAGAGGGUUGUGCUCAGGAUCCCCGAGGUCCCGUAUGUAAACAGACCCUUCCCAGACUCCGAGCACGAGGCGCGUCACUCCUUCCAGUACGUGGCCUGCGCCAUGCUGCUCGAUGGCAGCGUCGCUGUUCCAUCCUUCCACAGCCAGCAGAUCAAUAGACCACAGGUGAGGGAGUUGCUCAGGAAAGUGCAGCUGCAGCACCCUCCUGACAACCUGCCGAGUUUUAACACGCUGUACUGUGAGAUCAGCGUCACCCUUAAGGAUGGGACCACCUUCACUGAGCGUUCUGACACCUUCUAUGGCCACUGGAGGAAGCCACUGAGCCAGGAGGACCUGCAGAAGAAGUUCCGAGCCAACGCCUCAAAGGUACUGUGCAGGGACUCAGUGGAGAGCCUUGUGAAGGUCAUAGAAAGCCUAGAAGACCUAGAAGACUGUUCCACAUUAACCACACUUCUGAAAGGGCCCUCUGUCCAAGACGAGGCCUCCAAACGAUCCCACAUGUUCUCUUCCCAUCACACAACCUCGCCCAGGCUCACCAGUGUCUAGACAACUUUGCAUUGGAGGAGAUCCAAUCGUUUGCUUUACUGCUCCAUCCUAGCAAUGAACAUAGCAAAGCAGAGAGCCCAUAAGCAGAGAUACAUGUAUUUGGAAGGAACCUUGUCUUAUAAGCUUGAUAGGACGAUUCCCACUGCCUUUAAGAAAAUAUCAAGAAACAAGCAACACAAGAUCUUAUGUGUGCUCGAAGUCCCCUGUGUUCUGCUUAUAAUCUUCUCUGAGUAAUUAUUUAUUAGCCCUGGGAACUUGACAGAUGUGGAGGAAGUUGAAUUCGCAGGCUGCUGGCUGCAGGGGGAACAAACUCUGGUCUAAACCACCACAUAUCCAGAGGGGAUGGGACUACCCAGGCCUCCUCUCUGUGGUGACUGGUUUGAGGGAUUAGCAGGUUUUUCCCCUUUUCCUUUCCACACACAGCCCUGAGUAUGUAGCCAAGAACUCUUCUCCCUCAGCUCGUCUACUGAAGAGAUAAAAGACAGUCUGGGAUGGAGUAGGGAGGCAGCUUGGCUCCCCAGGUCCACGCUUUACAAUAAUCUGUUAGCUCAAAAAAUAUUUUGAGAAAAUUUGACAGAUGACAGGUCAGAAAUACAGUAAAAUGAAAAGGGAAACGAUGCAAAUGUGUGAGUAAUGAAAAUAUUAACUAUAAAACAUAGAGAUACCACACUGGCAACCAUGGUGAAUGUGUCCUAAAUUCCUGAUGUUCUCCAGAAAAGAAAGAACGGGCUCUUAGCUCCUGAUGUUCUCCAGAAAAGAAUGGGCUCUUAGCUCCUGAUGUUCUCCAGAAAAGAACAGGCUCUUAGCCCCAGAUGCUGACUUGCAAGCUUCCAUGUGGAAACGUGUUGGGUAGCUGAGAACUUCAGCAGACUAUAUCAUUUCCCAGUUUGUAGGAAGAGAAAAAAUAUAAUUAGAAACAUUAUAAUCAGUGGGAAGAAAAUAAAGAAGGGGAAAAGAAAAUAGGAAGUUUUGAAAUCACCACAUAAAAUUAUAGAAUCUUGAGUAUGACUACAAUUUUUAAAAAAUCAAUAAAUGUUCCAGCUAGAUAAAACCAAGAUUUUUAGAACAUGUUUUCUUUUAAAAAAAAUGCUUAACAGCUUUAUUAAUCACCCACUUGAAGUAUACAGUUCAAGGGCAUUGAGUAAAUUUGUGCUAUCAUUACCAUAAUUGAGUUUUGGAAUACUACCAUUAACACUAAAAAAUUCCUUCAUGUCUAUUUGACUUAAAGCCCCAUGCCCACUUCUAAUAUUUAUCCCAUUAUGAGCUUUUAAAAUAUAGUUUUGUCUUUUCAACACAUCCCAUACAAAUGGAGCCCUAGGGUGUUAGUCACAUGUGCUUGGCUUCUGUGACCUAACUAAAUGGAUUGGGGCAUCUUCCACUUGGGGUCAGUACUUUAUUCCCUUCAUUGCUGGGUGUCAUUAUAAGGUCCGUGACAGCUUGUGUGGGGAAACCUCUUCAGGAAAGAUGAAUAAAUGCAAGCCUAUCAUUUAAUUAACACAUGGUAGUGAGGACUUAGUAUAAACCAGGAAUGUUCCUAGUACAGGAGAUAAGACAAUAAACGAAACAGGUCUAAACUUCUGUUCUCAUGUGCUUGCAAUUUGUAUGGUUGGACAAGGAAUCACCUUUGCGCCCAUUCUGGUCAAGCACCGCCUUUGCGACCGUUCUGGUCAGACAUCACAUCUCCUUUUCCUGUCCCGGCAUGCUUGCCAGCUUCCGAGGGUUGACUUGUGCUCAGGGUCCAGCCUAGGACAUCCUUCCCUAAUGCAAUUAAAAACAAUAAUCCCUGGGCAGCGAUCCAACCUGGGAGACCUUGAAAAUGUGGCUUCCCUGUCAAUUAAAGCAGGAUCCAGCAUAGAGUAAGGCUAAGAGUGACUCAAAGUAAAAUAGCCAACAUUCCUUCCAGUGGAUGCUACAAGUGUAUGCAGCUGUGUGCAUGUGUGGAGUCCUUGCCCAGAGACUGAGAUCCACCCACAACUGCUUGUGGCAGGAACCUUUUUUAAUUAUUUAGAAAUGUAUUUGUUCAUUCUGUCUUCAACCCUUUGUGAAAAUGAGAGACUAGAGGGUAGUCGGUGACUCACUGGGUAAAGUCCUCACCAUAUAGGCUGAGGAUCUUCUUCGUUCAUAACUCCAGUGUCCACAGGAAAAGCCUGGUGUGCUGGCCUGCACCUGUAACCCCAGAACUGCCAAGGCAAACACAAAAAGGUCAUGGGAGCUCACAGGCCAGCCAGUUUAACCAAACCUGUGGGCUCCAGGUUCAGUGAAUUAUCCUGUCUCAAAAACAAGGUGGAGAACCAACAUCAACCUCUGACCUCCAUACAUGUACACAUGCAUACACAAUGAAUACACAGACAGAAGAAAGAAAGAACACAUGAAUCAUUGACAGAAAGUAAGAAUACAGUAUAUUUCCAAACCAGUUGAGUGUUUUACUAGUCCAGUGGCUGUUAUACCCUGAGCACCAAUUGUUUCUAGCUGUGUAGCAUGUCAAAACAAUGUAUGAUACAUAACCUCUAAAACUGCUUUCUGUAAACCAUAAAGAACACAAGAUAACUGAAA